AUUAGAGCAGUCAAACAUCCAUGAUUUCUCAAUUGAGUAUCUGUCGAUCGAAUGCGCAUUUGCCGGCAGGGAUCGCUUUCGGGGAUUCAUCAACCUUUCUCCCAUUGGAACAGCAACACGAUACGACACUCGUUGCUUACGUCAGUUCCGUGGAUUGGAUUGGGAGACACCGGGUAUAACUGGUUUUCUUUCAUGCUCUUUUCGAUUCUUCUUAUGCUGGUCUUGCUCUCACUACUGUUUUUUUGUCGGAUCACUUGCCAUCUACUGAUCAAGGGACUGCGCGCAAUUUUGAAGAAUCUGCAAAGACAUGCAGCUUGUUUGUACUUGUGUGUGGAAGUGGUCACAUGUAUCUGUAUGAAGGCUGGAGCCCAAACCUCAGAUUUGUCUACUCUGUUCUGAGGAAUCAUGAUUCAUGCUGAAGCAAAUGAAAUCAAGUUGAUCUGCUUGUAAUACUCCACCUCUUUCUUCGAAGUGUUAAUGGAGAAACCAACUAGUAAUCCAGCAACUCAAUUAAUUGAAGGCUUGGUUGGUUUUCUGCGCAGAAGCGUAAGUUUGAUUCUUUUAGCUGGCCCUGUUCCAAGGCAUGUUGCAUUUAUUAUGGAUGGAAAUCGGAGAUAUGCUAAGAAGAAUAAUUUAGAAGAAGGAGCCGGUCAUCGAGCCGGAUCCUUAGCCCUUAUGAAUAUGUUAAAAUACUGUUAUGAGCUGAACGUGAAGUGUGUUACAAUUUAUGCGUUUAGCAUUGAUAAUUUUAAAAGGCGGCCAGAUGAAGUCCAGUCCACCAUGGAGUUGAUACAAGAAAAGAUAGAAGCUUUACUUGAGAAAGAGAGUAUUGUGAAUCAUUAUGGAGUGAAGGUACACUUUAGUGGAAACCUUGAUCUUCUGAGUGAAACUGUCAGGUCGGCCGCCAAUCGUGUCAUGCGUGCCACUUCCAACAAUUCAAAGCGCAUGCUUUCCAUAUGCAUCGCGUACACAUCAAGAGAUGAGAUUGUGCAUGCUGUCGAAGAGUCUUGUAAGGAGAAACAAAACGAAUUCUUCAGGGAUCAUCCUGAAACAUGUGGACUUGGUGGACUGGGAGAGAACACAACAAGUAGUGACACACCAUGUAUCAGCAUUGAAGACGUGGAGAAGCAUAUGUAUAUGGCAAUUGCACCCGAUCCCGACAUCAUAAUCCGCACUUCUGGAGAAACACGGCUGAGUAAUUUCCUUUUGUGGCAAAGCACACGGUCGCUUCUAUACUCUCCCGGCGUUCUUUGGCCAGGUAUUGGGUUUUGGCAUUUAGUCCAAGCAAUCUUGCUCUAUCAGAGGAACUCUGCUUAUUUUGAAAAGAAAGGGAAACAGAUCUAGACUGCAGAACAAUCUCCUUUCUUAUCUAUCUCAUCUUAUCUUGUGGUAUCUAAUGUAAUGUGUGUGUGUGUUUGGAUCUUUGUUUCCAUUGCUUCUCAUCAUUCUGGCAUCCUGUUUGCUAUGGAUGCAGUAGUGCAUUGUCAGUCAUUCUUGGUUCUCUCUAUGUAAGAAGAAACGUAGAAUUAGAAUAGAAUGCUGUAUUUUGUUAUAUUAGCAAUUUGUUGUGCUGUUUACAUUAUUAUGUUGGGUUUGUUAAGUACAUUAUUCAGAGCAUAACAGAUCAGAUGAUUAAUUUUUCUGCC